AGCCUUCGGCCCCCGCCGCCUGGCCGGGGCGUGCUGAGCUCUGCGGCCGGCUGCUGGGCAGGGCCACGUGCGCUUGACGCCCUUGAUUUCCCCCCCUGCCAUCCUUUGGUUGGUGCUUGAAGCCCACUCCAGCCUGGAGCGGGGCAUGAGCCAGUGCCAUAUCGCAGUGGGAACUCUAGGCUGGAGAACCAGCCUCAAAGGCAUUAUGGAAUAACAUCUCCAAUUAGCUUGGCUCCUCCUAAGGAAAUAGAUUAUAUUCACACGCAGAAAUUAACUGAAGCAAUGAAGCCAUUUGGAGUAUUCGAAGAUGAAGAAGAGCUAAAUCAUAGGCUAGCUGUUCUUGAUAAAUUGAAUAACUUAGUCAAAGAAUGGAUUUUGGAACUUGGUGAGAGUAAGAAUCUUCCACCUUCAGUUGUAGCAAAUGUUGGUGGCAAAAUUUUCACAUUUGGUUCCUAUAGGCUUGGAGUACAUACCAAAGGAGCUGACAUAGAUGCCCUUUGUGUUGCUCCUAGACAUGUGGAAAGAUCAGAUUUCUUUCAGUCGUUUUUUGAAAAAUUAAAACAUCAAGAUGGAAUCAGAAAUUUAAGAGCAGUAGAAGAUGCAUAUGUACCAGUUGUCAAGUUUGAAUUUGAAGAUAUUGAGAUUGAUCUUGUGUUUGCAAGAUUGGCUAUACAGACUGUGUCUGAUAACUUGGAUCUUAGAGAUGAUUCACGCCUGAGGAGUCUGGAUAUAAGAUGUAUACGGAGCUUAAAUGGUUGCAGAGUUACUGAUGAAAUUCUCCAUUUAGUGCCAAACAAGGAGAACUUUCGGCUAACACUUAGAGCAAUCAAACUGUGGGCAAAACGUCGCGGAAUUUAUUCCAAUGUGCUGGGAUUUCUUGGUGGUGUUUCUUGGGCAAUGUUGGUAGCAAGGACAUGUCAGCUAUAUCCAAAUGCAUUGGCAUCUACUCUAGUUAACAAAUUCUUCCUAGUUUUUUCAAAAUGGGAAUGGCCCAAUCCUGUGUUGCUGAAACAACCUGAAGAUAGCAAUCUAAAUUUACCAGUCUGGGACCCUAGGGUAAACCCAUCUGACAGAUACCAUCUAAUGCCCGUAAUCACACCAGCCUAUCCACAGCAGAACUCAACAUAUAAUGUGUCUACGUCAACAAGAGCAGUCAUGGAAGAGGAGUUCAAACAUGGUCUUGCUGUCACGAAUGAAAUUCUCCAAGGAAAAUCAGAUUGGCCAAAGCUCCUUGAACCGCCAAACUUCUUUCAAAAAUAUAAGCAUUACAUUGUGUUGACUGCUAGCGCCUCUACUGAAGAGCAUCAUUUAGAAUGGGUUGGUCUGGUCGAAUCUAAAAUCCGUGUACUUGUUGGAAACUUGGAGAGGAAUGAAUUUAUCAAUAUUGCACAUGUAAAUCCGCAGUCUUUUCCUGGCAACAAAGAACAAUAUAAAGAGAGUGACUAUGUAUCAAUGUGGUUCCUUGGAAUCAUUUUUAGGAAAGUGGAGAAUGCAGAAAGCGUUAGUAUUGAUUUAACAUAUGAUAUACAGUCAUUCACAGAUACAGUUUACAGGCAGGCAAAUAAUAUCAACAUGCUAAAAGAAGGCAUGAAGAUUGAAGCAACUCAUGUAAAGAGAAAGCAACUUCACUAUUAUUUGCCUGUGGAAAUUUUACAGAAAAGGAAGAAGAGCAUACCAGACAUCAGUCGAAAUGCUGGCAGCUUUCAGUCCAAAAGGAUCUGUUUGGACAGUUCCAGAGAUGUAGAUACAGGGACACCAUAUUGUUCUCCUUCACUAAGCAAGAUAAUUAAGUUGGACAGAGCAGCAGAAACCGACAGCAGUACUGUAGUCCAGAGAGCCAGUGUUGCUACCAGUAGAGAGAAGCCAGAUUUAUCUGCAUCAGUACCUGUUAAAGGAUUGUCCAUUCCAGUUAUUGCUUCAAAGAGGGAGACUACAGUCACCAUAAAAGUCGCAUCUCCAGCUGGCUGCACUAUUCCUACAGUAGUAGGACGAAAUGUGAUUCCUCGACUUGUUGCACCUCAAGUUGCCCGAAGCCAACAGCAUCUAAAUGGCAUUUCAACAAUGAACGCUAAAGGUGCUGCAUCUAAGAGACCUCACUCGCCUUCCUCAGAAGAAUGCCCCAAACGACUGAAGGACAGAGAAAAGUUAAUUGGAUUGGACUUGGCAUUCAGAAGCCUUGGCAAUCCUCAGGAGGAUGCAAGGAGAAAAUCUACAGGAAAAAAUGAUGAGCUUGGAGGGGAAUUCAUGCCUAUUCCAACUAUCAGCACAUCAAGAUCACAGAGACUUCCCAGUAAAGAAUUACCUGACUUAUCCUCUCCUGUUCCUACAAAUAACAUUCGCAUCAUUAAAAAGUCCAUCAGACUAACACUUAACCGGUGAUUGCUGUGCCUCUUCAGAUGCUGCAGUAUACUUCCAUUACUGUGUAGCUUUUCCAAGAUUGCCUGCUGACAAGCCACUAUCUACAGAAUCAUGGCCUCUGAGGUUUUUAAUUCUCUAGUUUACAUGCUUGUUUCUCCUGGGUUUACUUCUCAUUUUGAACACCCUUGCAACAGCAGUCCUUAUUACUCUUUUAAAAAGCUUUGUUUAACAGUCUCUACUUGUUAAACUGUAGAAAAAGCCCAAAAAAAAAACCCCCAAAAAACCCCUUCCUGUGACUUAAGGUUUAGAAUAAUUCCUACACAAAUAUGUUCUGUUAGCCACUGGAGCCACAUUCUGGUUUGAAGUGUGUAUGAAAGUGCUUAUACCUCUUUUUUUUUCCUCUUCUCCUAAUUUUGUGUAGAUAUACUUGUAAUCUGGAUUUUUUUUCCUAUUUGGUGCAUAUUGUCCUGUGCAUCUGUCACCAGUGGUACUUGGCUUCUACAGGCAGUUGCUUUUCAGUAUUAAACACAUAGCCAUGCACUACACAAGUUUUAUAUGUUCUGCCUCCCAUGGAGGCCCAAAUGUUUAAAAAAAAAACCAAAAAAAAACCCCCCAAAAAAACCAAAAAAAAAACCCCCCAAAUCAAAAUUCGACCAUUAAAACCCCACUGGUUAAAGAAACUGAAAUGGGAGGCAUGUAUUAUAUAGUGUAACUUGGUUCUUAAGAUGCUUCCAAACAAUUUGUCCUCUAUUUCCUCCUCUUCCUCCUCCUCCUCCCCCUCCCCCCCAAGAUAGUGAAACAAAUUCCACAACUACAGCAAAUUUUAAAUCACUCAAAAUGCAUAAACUUGUCAAGACAUUUGCUGUCCCGCUAUUCUACAGUUUCAAGAAGCUUCCACGAUCUAAACAUGCUGAAAUGGGUAUUAAGGUUUCAAUAAAACCCAACAGCAGGUUUUUCACAGUGGCUGGAAAUUAAUUGCUUUAGGACCAUCAUCAGUCUCAAUGUAAACAAAUUAUUAUGCAAUUUUCAUAAUACCUGGUACCCAUUUAAUAUGCUUACAUUUUGGGGAGUGGGGAGGGAUUCAGUUCCUGCAUAACUCUGUUAUUUCUAUCAUAAUGUUUAAUUCGCUGUUUUGUAAAUGAGGUUGUAUGUAUUUUCAGAGUAUUUUUGUAUGUACUGUAAGAUACCAUCUUUUUCAAAGAGAAAUUUGAAAACUUGA